CGACAAGAUGUACGCGUUUCGGAGAUCGACCUGCUGAUGUAACUCCGCAAGGACGGCGGCGACCAGUGUUCGAAAUCGCAACCGCCACUCAACGGCUGUGGUAAUACCACCUACCUUGUAGUGCUCCUCAGCAGGUCGUCGCACUCGAAGCUUGACAGGAAGCUUGAAUUGGCCAGUGCUCUGUGUUUGCGAAGCCUGCCCAGUGUUCGUACCUGAUAAAUGGUCUUGAUCUCGACAUCUAUACUUGAAGUCGUGCGUACAAGUUCCAGUGGGAUCCGAUUGUAGGCUCGCCAGCUCGGCAUAUAGGCAGCGUAUCGCGUUAGAAGACACAUAGAAACAAAGGCGGCCGCCCAUUGUAUACGUUCUGGCCAUGCCAAGUGCUCCUGUCGGUAACCUCUCCGGGCUCACGCCUCAAAAUCAGGAUGUUUUCUGCUCGAUCAAUCACCUCCCAAAGGAACUGCUCAUCGAGAUAUUCCUCACUGUGUACGAUUGCGCCGGUGAUGAUGGUUGGGACAUGCUCCUCCCUGAAGUAACCAUCUCCCACGUCAGCAAGCUCUGGCACCUGCGGUAUAAUCAGUCUGCGAUUUAUCUCGAGCGGUCGAAGGAGGCGCCAUUGCAGAUCUUGAUUGACUUCAAGGCGGAUGAAGGAGCUGCAGAGACGAGCGAUGUUAUCGAGUCAUUGAACACGCUCGACGCAAUCAUGACGCAGAUUAUUCCUCAUAUCUCGCACUGGUAUGGGCUUCACAUCAUCGUCUCUGAUUACUCCAUGGCCCAUCGCGCGUUCAUUCGGAUGGGUGCGUGUAUUAGCGCGCCUAUGCUCGAGAUGCUACAGAUCGCAAACUACCCACGCAAGGGAGUUGGAGAGAACGAACGGCAGGAAUUUAGAAGACACGAUUUUAUCCUGUUCCACGGACACGCGCCGAAGCUCAGCACGUCAACCUUUGGGUGCCACGCGAAAGACGUCCGACCAUCGUUCAAGGACUUCGCGCGCAUCUUGUGCAACUCGCCCGAACUCGAAAGAUUGUCACUAUGCAAGUCAGGGCCUGCAGACCUCUGGUUCUCCGGCCACGGAGUACACCCUGCCAUUCCUCUGCCUUCUCUCCGCGAACUCGAAUUCGUCUAUUCUAAAUCCAUGCACAUGAACCAUCUCAUCGAGCGCCUUGCGCUACCCAAUCUCGCCUCGCUCAGCAUCAGAGCCGUAACCAAAUAUCACGACGCCAGUGGCACUGCACUCCUGGAGACACUCACGCGGCCUUCGCCUGCCACGGGCAGGUCUGUGCUCAGCAAGUUGCGAGAGCUCAAGCUUACGGCUGUGGAAUGUAGCGAACCCGCGGUCGUGGCAGGCAUGUUCGCAGAGCUGACGGAGUUGCGCUCGCUAAGUCUGCACCAAAUCAUAUUCAUGCCUUGGGAAAACGUGCUGAUCGCGCAAUGGGAGAGUAUUGCACGUUCGAACGAGGUUCCCCUUCUACCGAGGCUGGAGAUGCUCACAACAACGUGCCUGUCAGGAGAAUUUGCGCGCAAGCUCAUCAAGGCGCGGAAGGCAACCCGAACGCCGUUCAAAAAGGUGUUCAUCAGCCGGCCUAGUGACUUCACCAAGAAGGAUAAGCAGUGGAUUCAAGAUCAUGUCGAUACGUUUGGGUAUUAUCGUGGUUCGUACGGGGAAGUCAUCAUGGAGACCGAAGGCGUAAACGGGAUGAUUUCAUGAAAGCACGAUGACGUAGAGUAAACCGCAGAGUAUCCGAAUUCCAUUAAGAUCUUGGUACAGUAUGGCUUCGCUGACUUGCGACAUAAUAAUGUGUAAUGAAGAGCC